UGCUUAGUGUGCUCCGGGUAGAGUGGGUCUGUGGCAGCAACUGUGGCGACAGCGAACACGUCCUGCAACAGCAGCAGCAGCAGCGGCGGCGACGACGGCAGCAGCAGUGAAGUGAAGUGCCAAAACGUGUACGUGGUUCGUCCGUGGUGCUCCGACCUCCGACUGAUCAGCAACCAGCUAACCAACCGACGACGCGACUCCAAAGCCGCAAAACCAUUCAGCCUCUCAGCCUCAACAGUAGCACCAUCAGCGCAGCUCAGUCAGGAUGAGCAUGAGUUCGUACACCGAGAGCAGCUCGGAGGAGGACGAUCUGUCGCCGCGCGACAAAGCGCAGCAAAACUCGAAGGGUUUCGCGGACUUUUGCGUCCGCAACAUCAAGCAGCACUCGUUCGGGCGGCACGAGAUCGAGAUCGCCGAGCAGGAAAUGCCGGGCAUCAUGGGGCUGCGGAAGCAGGCCCUCGACGACAAACCGCUCAAGGGUGCGAACAUCGUCGGCUGCACGCACAUCAACGCCCAGACGGCCGUCCUGAUCGAGACGCUCAUCCAUCUGGGUGCGAAUGUGAGAUGGGCAGCCUGCAACAUUUAUUCCACCCAGAAUGAGGUGGCCGCAGCGCUGGCCGAGAGUGGCGUACCGAUCUUUGCCUGGCGCGGUGAAAUCGAGGAGGACUUCUGGUGGUGCAUCGACAAAUGCGUGCACGCCGAGAACUGGCAGCCGAACAUGAUCCUCGACGAUGGCGGUGACGCGACGCACCUGAUGCUGAAGAAGUACCCGGUGAUGUUCAAGAUGAUCAAGGGCAUCGUGGACGAGAGCGUCACGGGCGUCCACCGGCUGUACCAGCUGUCGAAGACGAGCAAGCUGACAGUGCCGGCGAUGAACGUAAAGGACGCGAUCACCAAGACCAAGUUCGACAGCCUGUACAGCUGCAAGGAAUCCGUCAUCGACAGUCUCAAGCGUGCGACGGAUAUUAUGAUCGGUGGGAAGCAGGUAGUGCUGUGCGGGUACGGUGAGGUUGGCAAGGGUUGCGCCCAGGCCCUCAAGGGGCUCGGUUGCAUCGUCUACGUCACCGAGAUCGAUCCAAUCUGUGCGCUUCAGGCGUGCAUGGAUGGGUUCCGCGUGGUUAAGCUGAACGAGGUGAUACGAACGGUCGAUGUGGUGAUCACCUGCACCGGCAACAAGAACGUGGUGACGCGCGAACACAUGGACAAGAUGAAAAACGGCUGCAUCGUGUGUAAUAUGGGCCACUCGAACACGGAGAUCGACGUGAACAGCUUGCGCACGUCCGAGCUGCAGUGGGAGAAGAUGCGCUCGCAGGUCGACCACAUCAUCUGGCCGGGCCCGGAUGGCAAGCGCAUUAUCCUGCUGGCCGAGGGUCGGCUCGUUAACCUGUCCUGUUCCAGUGUGUCGUCAUUCGUUGCCUCGAUUACCGCCGCCACCCAGGCGCUUGCCCUGAUCGAGCUGUUUAAUGCACCGCCCGGUCGCUACAAGGCCGACGUCUACCUGCUGCCGAAGAAGAUGGAUGAGUACGUGGCGAGUUUGCAUCUGCAGACGCUCGAUGCGCAUCUGACGGAAUUGACCGACGAGCAGGCACGAUACAUGGGGCUCAACAAGGCGGGUCCCUUUAAGCCCAACUACUACAGGUAUUAGUAUAGCAGCAAGCAGCGACGAAUAUCGCAGGCGUGAGGGGCCGAUGCGGCCACGCGCAUGCACGCAAAGCAGUUCUGGAGUCGCCCGUUCAAAACCCGCAGCCGUCGCCGAUCGAUCACCCAUCUUCGCCUUCAUCACAAUGUGUUUCUUCGGUUUUCGGUUCGUCCGGGUGCCGGACAUCACGCAUACGCGCAGCCUUAUAUAUGGUUUGCAAUUUAGCAGAGAGAGAGAGAGAGAGAGAGAAGGAGCGGUAGCAAAUUAUUAGUGGCGGUAGCUGAAUUUUAUUGAUCGACUAGGCCAACGUGACAGUAUCACAGAUUCCCCCGUUUCAUUUUUAUUCUAAAUUUCGUAGUGACCAGCACACGAUUUAUCAUAACACCGUCUUUGCACACGCCAAACAUUUUGCAUACGAUGGGGAAUUUUUCACAUCGCAUGGAAAGUGGUCCAUACAAAAAAAAAAAAAAAUAAAUGAUUUAUGCCCCCUAGCUAUUAUUUUGAAGAAGCACCGGAUAGUGAACGAAAAGAUUCAACAGCGCGACGCAGGCUUAACCGCACCGGCCAUUGGCUAGCAACUGCCUGCAAAUCCUCGCAUCACAGCCUAAGCUUUUUCGCACACUUUCGAUUCUAGAAGAAUCAAACCAUCCAUCUGUUGAGCCCCCCCUUAAACAAACCCGCACUCCCUCAGAAACCACAUUUCCAACGCUAAUUACCAGUAUUGAAAGGCCUGUCGUUUGCUUACGUUAAUUUCGCGAACGAAGAGAGACACACCACACAACUAAACCACUAAACAACGGUCACUAAAUGGGACAAAAUCCCCUGAAGCCAAACGCCCCAAACCCCGCUCUGACCGGUUUCUAGCACAGGCGAUAAGCAAGUGAGAGCUAAUUGUUUCGAUCGUUUCCAUUCGUUUUCCUUGAUUUAAGGGGUUUCUCGCACACUAUUCGCACGACAGCGACUGGCGACUGUCGUGGUUUAGAUUCAAAAAUAGUAGUUCAUACCACGAAGGGAAAGUGGUGCGUUUAUUUUCACGCAAACAUUCAGGACCACAUGCUUUUAUUGGAGUAAAAUAUAUACAUAUAUGUUUGUAGUGUUCGCGGGGCGCCCGGAAUAUAUAUAUUGAUAUGAGUAUCAUAGCGAGUUCCCGUGGCCAGGUUAAUUUGUAGCCCUAAUUUCCACUCUAUCGCUGCUGUUUCUUGCGGAAUCGUCAAUUAGAAUGCACCAUACUAGCGCGUACCAGCUUCGAGACUGGAAAAUUAUUUAAUGUGGGCUCAGUAAACAAAUACCGAUUUAUUGCUCGCCUGUGGGUAGGCCAGAAUAUUCCGUUACAAUUAUCUUGCUUUUUAUCAUCAUGCACAACGAGCAGCGAGCACUAGUGCAACUGUAGUGUUUAGGGCAGUGCGCGUUACACUGCGGCUAGAUGUUAGGCGAGAAAUGACGAAUCCUAUCUACUGGGUCGACGCACGGUGACAAAUGGUGAGGCCGCGAGCGAAAUAAGCACAUCAAAGUUCAUCCGAUAAACGUAGUAGAGCCUGUAUUGUAGACGACCGAAAGAGAAAGAAAUAGGGUACACCAGGCGAUCAUUUCAACAAUUGAAUCUGUGCUAGCUAAUGAAAUGCAUUUGCCAAUGGUCCAACGGGAACUCCAGCCCAAUCACACACACACACUAGAAGGUCUCCGGUUCGCACCCGCUACGAUUAGCAUCGGUUAAUGAGCUUCAACACAGUAGGAACGAAACAAAUAGGAACGGCGGGAACAGAUUUGGAAACCCUCCCCUUCCGCUAGAACUAACCAGACAAGGGCUAAACGAAAUUGAGCAACUUCUGGCCCGCUGGCAUCUCGCAGUGGAAUAUUAAAAUGCGAAUGCCUUUUCCACGGGAGCAGCGAAUCGAGAGCAUUGGCACCCGCACUAGUAGUUAAUGUAAAGGUGUGUGCGCGCGCGUGUGUGUCUGUGCAGGUAAUUCAAGCAAAAUCGGUUUUCGAGGAGCACUGGCGCAGGAUGGAGGGCCAGCAAAACAAACGGAUGAUAAUUUAAUGAGAGAACAAACAUAAAGUCUAGAAGAAACGGAAUCGCUCCAUCGAAUUGAACAUGCAGCAGUAUAGUGAGGAUAUGCAAUAUAACUAUUUUGGUACGGACAGGGCUAAAAAUUAUACAACAAAGUAAGAAGGUUGAAAGAGGCAGGCGAAGUAUAAUCUAUAAAGUAUAAAAGGUGAACUAUAAAAGAAAAAGGAAAAGGAGAGGAUCACAAUGUUACAAUAAAAAAGCGUCAGCCACAAUGGCGCCACACCACUGUUCUAGUUUCUAGGUAGCAGAAUACAAAAUGCCUUAAUAGAGGGA